AUGUCCAGUUAUGUGAAAAAAGUUCACUUCAAACUUCAUGAAAGUUACACUAAUCCUCUCAGAGGUAAGAUGUCUAAGGACUGAAAGAAAUGUUGUUUUAAGAGAGUACCUUAUUAUUUUUAUAAACCUAUCUCAAGAUUGCUAUAAUCUUGGAAAAAAAUUUUAAGAAAAAUGGGCAUUGAUUGUCUAUUCAUUGAAAUAUGGUGGAACCCUGCCUUAUGGCCACCUCGUUAAUACCGUCACCUCGUUAUUAUGGCCACUUUUUUUGUCUUCCUGGCAAAAACGUCCAUACAUUUUCUUGUAAAGAAACCCUUGUUGAUAUGGUCACCUCUUGUUCUUACGGCCAAUUUUUUUGGGCUUCUUGGUGACCAUAAUAAUGGGCUUCCACUGUAAUAAGGCUCUUGAAAGUACUGCUGAUGACAAAUAUGUCACCCUUUCCUCCAAAAAAAAAUAAUUUUGAUUUCCAGCUGAAUCAUUUCUGCUCCUGACUGAACAGUGUUGAGCAGGAUGAGGUGAGGAGGGGGCUCAUUGUGCAGGGCUGUCACUAAAAUUUCAGGUUGCUGGGUACAUAUGCAAUUGGUAACAGGGAAAUUGUACAGGUAGGAAGUUCUUUUGGAUCUAUUUUCCUUUUGUUUCCUAUAAGAAGUAGCUGGGACUCUCACUCAUAGUAGCCAGGGAAAAUCCCCAGCCCCCGGCUCUUAGUGACAGCCCUGCAUUGUGGUACCAAAUCAACAGGAUGGGCAUACUGUGGGUAAGAAUGUGCAGAAUUCUUAUCACUUUUUGUCCAGUAUGGUAAAUAGUAAAUAGAGCCACAGCUUUACUCCUGGAAUUGGUGUAUAGCGACUUGUUUAAUUGAUAAUCCUUAUUAUAAUUUUCUGACAUCAUGUUUUCUAUGCAGUUGUAACAAAACCUCCAUACGAAGUGAAUGAAUCAGGCUGGGGAGAAUUUGAAAUACAGAUCAAGAUCUUCUUCAUGGAUCCUGCAGAAAGACCGGUUAGAAAGCAUUUCUUGAGACUUAACAACUCCUUCUUUUACCUCUCGAUUCUUCUUUAUCAGGCCACAUUGUAAACUUGUAACAUGCUGUAUGUACAGGUUAAAGGUUUGUUUAGAUUGGGAAGUGAACUAAAGCUUAUCCAGCUACUUUACAGGCACACCACUCAAAUAACUAGAAACAAAAAAUCCAAAUAAAACAGAACAGGAUUAUAAGCCCCACUGGUAGAAGGCAAACAGUUAGCUUUUACGAGCUUGGCGAGGAUGUGAACUCAGGACAACCAAGAACAAAUCUAGCUGCCGCCUCCUACGGGUUGCACUGUACUUUAGAGCUAGGGUGAUACUCUCUUAGAAUUCUGAAACUUGUCUUCCUUAAGACAUAUAAUUGUAAAAUUCUUAAGACCUGCUCCCUUUUGUUGUAAUACACAAUGUUUGAUUUGCUCCCGCUCGGCUUGCUUGGCUCACCGAUUUUUUUAUUUUUGCCUUUUCCCCACUGCGGAGCUGUGAGGAUAUUUCUUAACCCUUUAAGCCCCAAUAUCCACAUACAAAUUCUCCAAACUGAUCUCUAUACAUUUUCUUUAAAGAAUAAGUUGAGAGAAUUUGAUGAAAGAUCAAAGCAUUUUCUCUUAGGUGAUCAAUUUAUUAAUUCUCAUAACCAAAUCUCUUGACAAUCUUUGGAGAUGGUUAGGAGAAAAUUGAUGUUGGUCACCAUUGGAACUUAAAGGGUUAAUUGUUAUGGUCUGUCUUCUUUAUUACAGGUGACUCUGUAUCAUCUUUUAAAGCUCUUCCAGACCGAGUCAGCUCUUGCUUCUGGAAAGAAACAGUUGGUGUCCGAGUUUUAUGAUGAAAUUGUAAGUCAAGAUCAUUUUAAAAUAAAGAUUUACAGUCAAACCCAGUUAAUACAGACACUGAGGGGGCCAUUGAAAGUGUCUGUUUUAAAAGUACCAAUAUCCACAUACAAAUUCUCCAAACUGAUCUCCAUACAAUUCCUUGAAGAAUUAGUUGAGAGAAUUUGGUAAAAGAUCAAAUAUUAUUCUCUUUGUGAUCAUUUUGUUCAUCCUCAUAGACUUUGCUCAUGAUAGUCUAUGGAUAUUGUUAGGAGAAAAAUUGAUUUUAAGCACUAUUGGCACUUAGAGGGUUAAAGGGAUGUUUGUAUUAAGCAGGUUGAAUUAAGAGAAAAUGUGAGAGGUUUCUUUCGCCAGGAACAAAAGCAAACUGUCCAUAAUAAUGAGGUGUCCGUAUUAAGUAGGUGCCCAUAAAGUGGGGUAUGACUGUAUUCUUUUUCGAUAGAGUUGGACUCCGUACCAUUAUUUUUCUGUUUAGUUCUCAAAAACUGUGUAAAAAAGCCAUUUUUUUCUUUCAUUAAAACCCAGGCGAGGUACACUGGUCUGGAAACAGUUUCAGAAAAUAGAACGGUAAUGAUGGACAAGAGAUUUUGGUUGGAAGCUGUCAGCUUGUCACGCGAGAAUUUCUGGCCAAGAUAGAUGGGGAACCUCUAGAAUGCCAGAGGAUCUAUACCAGGCCUGAAAUGUUAAGCAUGCCAGUGAAUUAUUUCCCAUUAAAAAACAUAUCUAAGGGGGCUUUCCAAAAGUCAGAACUGGCCGGCCAGACAAAACAUUUCGACAGUGAAACAGGCUUUUAUAAAGAGUUUUUUUUUUUGGAAAAACCAUCUACUUCGUGUUUGCUAUUUAGGAUUUGAAUGGUCCGGCUGGAUAGUCUCGCUUAAUGAGGAGAAUGGCCUGGCCGGUUAGUUCUGACAAAUGGAAAGAGCACUCUAAAUUUCUGAAACAUUUUUAUUUUAUUUUGUAGAUUUUUCAAGACCCCACCCAGAUGAUGCAUCAGUGUCUUCUGAGUGCCCGACAGUUACAGCCAAUAAAACAUGAAUCAGACUGUAAGAAAACAGUAGCCUGCAAACAUGCUCCCAGUGGAGUGUAGAGAUAAAGAAAAGAGCUUGGUGGGGGAGCCUGUAGACUUUGUUUUGAUGCCGCCCAUCCAUGAUACCAGAUUCUGGUAUCGUGAUCUGCGAAGUUCGCACGCACGUAGAAAGUCCUUGAAAGUCCUAUAAUUUUAAAAAGGCCUUGAAAGUCCUUGAAAAUUACAGUCGGUGCUGGAAAGUCCUUGAAUUUCGGUGCUAACUUUAUCCAACCCAGAUUCUCAAUUGCAUAAAAGAAGCAAUCACAGAAAGACCUUCAGGAUGAAAUUGCUCAUAUUGUGGAAGAACUAAAAAAAGACAAGGCUCAAGGCUCUUUUUGGCACUGAAUGGAGUCCUUGAAAGUCCUUGAAAAGUCCUUGAAUUUUUUGUUCAAAAAAGGGUACGAACCCUCGAUCUGAUUCUUCAGAUCGCUGACUGUUGAGAAGUGAGCGAUGAAGUAUACCCAUGUGCACGCGAAUGUUAUUGAAGCCGAUGCAUUCAAGCAUAAUAGCCAUCAUAAUUAGACAGGUCUCAUUGACAUGUUAUUGACAUAAUGUGUUAAGUGGGCGGCAUCAAAACAAACUCUAUCAGCCUUCCUUACCUUUGUUCUCCCCUAUGCCCUUGCUUGGCUUGCCAAUUUUUUUUUUGUCGUCCCGCUCCACAUUUUUUUUUCACAAUCGUCACUUUCGAAAAUUUUCCACCUUUCAAUCGCUAUUCCUUCGUUUGUUUCUGAAACUCCAGAAAUUUCACUCAGCUGUUAAGUAACUUGUGCCUCUGAUCGGAGGAGAGACUAUCACGAGACUUUUUGACCGAUCAAAAUAUUAUCGGAUGGGUCUCGCUUGUCGCGUCUGAUUGGAAGACAAAGCGGCACGUGAUAUUUUGACCAAUUAAAAUAGCGAGAAAUGUAGAGCGCCCUUUUCAUCUGAUUGGAGGAGAUUCUGGCCAAUAGGACAAUUGCACGAUGGCGUCAUUUUACUACAACUACCAGAAUCCUUGAGUUUGUUGUUUUCUUGUGCAAAUUAAGGCUAUUGUUUUUUAAUCCUCAGCGGGAUUGACAAAUUUAAAUAACAAAACAAAACCGAAAUGAAUUCUGGUAGUUGUAGUCAAAUAUCGUCAUCGUGCAAUCGUCCUAUUAGCAAGUGCAGUUCUGCAAAACACUAAAAACUUCCUGAAAAAAAACUUUUGUGUUGUUUAUUGUUAAUUUGCAGGGGAUGAAAUUGAAAAGAGAACAACUGCUUCUAUAGGUGGUGCGCGACAGAAAAUAGGAAAAGAAAUAAGCGAGUUAAAUGAAAAACUUAAAAUGUGCAAGGAUGCUAUCCAACAUAUGAAGUCAGAGAUGGCGAAAGUAGAACAACAAGAUCACGAUUCUCAAGAUUCCACUCCAGCUACUCCUGUUGUUCAAUGA